AUGGCUCAGAUUGCUAAGAUCUCAGAGCAGGUGCAGCUCAAGUCUUGUGGCCACAAAUUCUAUGAGUUUCUAAAGAACAAAAUGGACUACUUUCCAAGAAUGUUCCCUGGAAACAUUGAGAGCUAUAAGUUUGCGGAAGGAAAUAGUUUCACUCAUGGCAGCAUCUCCCACUGGAAAUAUGACAUCGGUCUCGGUAGCUCAAUCGAAGUAAAGAUGAGGCUAAUUGUGGAUGAGCCUAACAAAACAAUAAUUUAUGAGUGUCUUGAGGGAGAUCUGUUCAAAGAUUUUGAAAUGUUCCAAGUGAAAAUUGAAGUUAGCGAUGGUGAAGGCAACAAUGGCAUAAGCUCAGUUAAAUGGUCUUUGGAAUUUGUGAAGGCAAACGAAGAAGUUCCUCCACCACAUGACUAUCUACAACUUGGAGUUAAAGUGUGCAAAAGUGUGGAUGCUCUCCUUUGCAACAAUUGAACUAAAAUGGGGAACAUUUGUAGUACUCUCGUAGUACAUAAUUCCGCUGUUUAGCACUCUGAAUUUCUCUUUAUAAAUAAUUCUUGAAUGUUGUUGAACCCCACA